AUGGCGAGUUCGCAGAAGAGAAUCAGCAAGGAACUUGCAGAGGUUACGACCAACCCGCCGGAGGGGAUCCAUGUCAGCCUCGUGGACGAGUCCAACGUGCACAACUGGAACAUCGUGAUGGACGGGCCCGAAGGCUCCCCUUAUGCGGGCGGCAAAUUCAAGCUCCUCCUCGUCCUCCCCAACGACUAUCCUUUCAAACCUCCCAAGAUCAACUUCAAGACACGGAUCUGGCAUCCUAAUGUGACAUUCGACGAGCACGGGUCCAUGUGUAUUGGCAUACUGAAACCUGAAGCGUGGAAGCCUUCGAGCAAGAUCCUGUCGGUUCUCACAGCAACACAGCAGUUGCUCGUGGAGCCUGUGCCCGACGAUGCGGUCGAGACGAGCGCAGCGGAGAAGUUUAAGAACAACCGCGCACAGUUCAACAAGGAGGCCCAGGAAUAUACGAAGAAGUAUGCGAAGUAA